UACACAAGCAGGACAGAGCUGUUGACAUUUGAUCUUUUUUCCAGUGUUGUUCCUGGUGCAAACAUGUUUCCAAACUAACUAAAGGGAAACCACUUGUGGUUUUAACAGACUGAGACAUUUGACAUGGAUGAAAUGUCUUACUGUUCUUUCUCGGGUGGAGAAGAAUACAAGAAUCACUUCCAGCCUGGUAUUUAUGUGUGUUCAGAGUGUGGGCACGAGUUGUUCUCCAGUAUGUCGAAGUUUGAGCACUCCUCUCCUUGGCCGGCUUUCUCAGAAACAAUCCAUGAGGACAGUGUCUCCAAACACCCUGAAGCAUGGGGACCCAUAAAGGUUUGUUGUGGAAAGUGUGGCAAUGGACUGGGCCAUGAGUUCUUGUAUGAUGGACCAAGAGAAGGUCUGUCACGCUUCUGAAUAUUCAGCAGCUCACUGAUGUUCAUCCCUAAAGAAAAAGUCGAUGGACAGACAGGUGAGCUGUGAAAGAGGAGGCAGUUUUCUGCUGCUGUAGGUGCAAACAGUGGAUGAAGUGCUCUGGGAUAAAACCCAGUAGGUCUCCUGGGCACUGAUGGAUGCUGGCCUCACUGAGCAGAAAGAACAGACUGAUCUCAACCACUUUUUUAGAUGCACACACACAAAAACAGCAUCUAGGUCAUCCAGAUUCAGCCACAUCAACCUGUACUGCAGACUUUAAUGUUUCACUUGCUCCUGCAAAGAGUUAAAGAUGUUAUGAGUUAAUAUCCCACUGGAAUAUGGAGCUUGCUUAGCAUAGUUCUGAACAUUGUUUACAGGACUCAAUCCAAAUUAAUCUAUGCCUCCGGAAAUAUGAAAAUAUGUUGAAUGUACUGAACAUAACAGACCUCAAACUGUUCUUCAAAAGUGCAGUUGCAUGUUUCCAUCAGUUGAUGGUGCUAUCUGGCUUAAGGAAACCUCCAAUGAUCCAUGUUAACAACUUCAGUAAUGCAUACCUGUGGACAUAUGGUAGUUUAUUCUUUGUAUGAUGCACAGCACUGUACUGUUAAGGCAUAAAAUAUAAAGUGAGGAUGUUUUCAAAAAUAAUGCAAUGAAUGAUUUUUAUUGAUCAGUUAACUCAAUACAAAGUGUAAUAAACAGACAAAACCUAAAUCA